GCAGCAAGCAAUAGCAGCACCUUCGCCGAGGCCGAUGGGUUUGAAUUGUGCAUUAGCUCCGUUGCUGGGGAGGAGGAGCGGUACCGACUUGAGUGGCACCGUAUUCGACCACAGAGGAGCUGAGCCACUCGACAGGAUGCACAAGCAACAUGGGAGGUUCCUGGGACCGGGGUUAAUGCAAAGUAAGACAGUGCUGGGUGUGGAAGUAGCCCUGUUGUAUUAUUAGUUUUUUUCUUCUUCAGUUUGCAAUGGCUGCAAUCCUCUCCGGGCAAUAAGUGCGGGGGAAAGCCGGCUAGCAUGUCGGAUCGGGAUGCGGUGGACGGGAUUCGCUUCCCCGGCGGCGCUGAAUGUCAGCAGCAGCAGCAGGAAGAGGCUGAAGCUGCUGCCGCGGCUGGAGCCAGGGCUGGCCGGGAUCUCAAGGAGUGGCUGCGGGAGCAAUUCUGUGACAGUCCCAUGGAAGGGGGCGAGGACACCCGGCUGCACGAUGCCACCUAUGUGGGCGACCUGGACACCAUCACCAGUCUCCUCCAAGAGGACAACUUCAGGAGGCGAAUCAAUGAGAAAUCGGUCUGGUGCUGCGGCUGGUUACCGUGCACGCCAUUGCGGAUUGCCGCUACAGCUGGCCAUGCUGACUGCGUGGACUACCUGCUCAAACAAGGGGCUGAGGUGGACUUGGUUGAUGUGAAGGGGCAGACGGCGCUGUAUGUGGCUGUCCUGAACGGUCAUUUGGACUGCACCAGGAUUCUCGUGCAGGCGGGGGCUGACCCGAAUGGAAGUACCCACCACCGCAGCACGCCCGUCUAUCAUGCCUCGCGAGUGGGACGAGCAGACAUCCUCAAAGAGCUCAUCAAACACGGUGCGGAUGUCGAUGUUAAUCAUCAUGUAUCUAGUCGUGUCUCAAUGCCUGCUGCCAGGAGAUUCACAUCACUAGGCGUGUGUCCUCUCUACAUCAGUUCUGCCUAUCAGCAUCUCCAGUGUUUCAAGUUGUUGCUGAAAGCUGGGGCGAACCCCGAUUAUAACUACUGGGGCCAGGUAGACGUGACGGCCUUUCCCCGUGGAUCGCCGGUCUGUGUUCUCGAUGCUGUUCUACGUCACGGCUGCGACGCACAGUUUGUAAAACUUUUGAUUGACUUCGGUGCUAACUUGAACCUGGUUAAUUGGGAGGGUUUGGAUGCAGAAACAAUGGGACGGAUGAAGGUGAAUGAAGAGGCCUUGCAGAUCUUCAGGGCUGCUAAAGGUACUCCCAGGACACUGACCUCUUCCUGCCGUAUAGUUAUUCGGAGAGCACUGGGGAAGUUCCGUCUUCAUAUGAUCCAGACGCUGCCAAUUCCAGACACUGUCAAAAUCUUCCUGUUACAUGAGGACACCUGAGGGAGAAUCACGUCUCCCUGCCCUGCGUGAUCCCUGUUGGACUGAAGCCUCACUACACCAAUCUGUCGUCUGGUGAAUCGCGGGCAAUUCUUGUUUCUGCCACACACAACUGUUGCAACCUGUCUUGGAAAGUGAGUUCAUUUUCUUUGCUUUCCUUCCUCUUCCUGCUCCAUGUAACUCAAAAAGACUUACCCAGUGAAUAAAAUCUGUAUUUCGUGGGGUCCUAUUUGCAAAACACACAGAAACCGCAGAGAUCAAAUAUAAAACCGUGUCCGUACCUUUUUAAAAGGCGUCUGCAUUUAAAAAAAUGUACUUUGGUCACGAGGAUGCAUAACAUCCACCACCCUCCAGGUGAAUUUAAUGCAUUAAUUCAAUCUCAGGGGUAAAAUUGUGUAUGUCAUUCAAACUUUUCAUUCGUUGCAUUUGAUGCCCUCCAAAGUUUUCACUUGGAUUACUUGUCGACGGUAUUCAGGAUCCUCUGUGUGUUUCAGUGGGUUCCUUCACUUUGCUGACUGUACAGAGGCUGUGAAAGCAGUCUUUACUUGAGAGUUUGAAUGGCAUUAGACGUAAUCUGAUAGAGUUGCAGGGUUGGAUUAUUCCCAGUUCACUCCGCAACAAUUUCCUCAACAUUUAAGAUGGUGUGGCUUUACUUGGUGAGCAGAAAUAUGACUUGUUUUCUCGAACCAAUAUUUGAUAUUCCCCAGUCACCCCAUUUAAGGACACUCCAGCUGCCCCUUUACAUUACAUUCAAAAAGUUGCCAAGGACUGGGCAACUAGGACUGAGAUGAAGCAUUUCUUCACUCGGGAUAAUUAAACUCUGUAUUUCUUUGCUACAGAAGGCUGUGGAGGCUAAGUCACUGAAUAUAUUCAAAUAAGAGAUGCACACGUUGUUUAGAUUUUAAGCACAUCAGUGGGUAUGGAGAAAAAUGAAUAUAACAUUGCGACAGAGGAUCAGCUGUCAUAUUGAAUGAGGGAGGCAUGAUGGCUUAGUGGUUAGCACUGCUGCCUCACAUCACCAGAGACCGGGGUAUGAUGCUACC